AUGGCUCACACACUGAUGUGGGGAACACUGCCACCCCAUUGGCCACACUUCAAGCUCUUUCACCUCUUAGUGUUGGCUGGUCUUUUUCACUUCUGUUCAGGUGACAGCCAGGUGACCAAAGCAGUGAAAGAAAUGGCAGUACUCUCCUGUGAGUACAACAUUCCCACUGAUCAACUUACAAAUUUUCGGAUCUACUGGCAAAAGAAAAAUGAAAUGGUGCUGGCUAUCAUGUCAGGGAAAGUAUCAGUGUGGCCAGAGUAUGCAAACCGAACCAUUGCAGACAUUACCAACAACCUCUCCAUUGUCAUCCUGGCCCUGCGCCUGUCAGACAAGGGCAUAUACACCUGUGUUGUCCAGAAGACUGAUAAUGGAUUUUACAAAAAGGAACACCUAGCUUUGGUGACGCUAUCGAUCAGAGUAGACUUCCAUGAUCCUAUUAUAACUGACUUGGGAAACCCAUCUGUUGACAUUAAGAAGAUACUUUGUACAUCCUCUGGAGGUUUUCCAGAGCCUCGUCUCUCCUGGCUAGAAAAUGGAAAAGAAUUAAAUGCAAUCAACCUUACAGUUUCCCAAGAUUCUGAAACAGAACUCUACACUAUUAGCAGUGAACUCCAUUUCAAUCUUACAAGAAACCAUACAUUUAUUUGUCUUAUCAAGUAUGGAGACAAACAAGUAUCACAGACCUUCUCCUGGAUAAUUCCUAAGCCUCUUCCUACUGAUAAUCAGUUCCCACUCUGGGCCAUUAUCCUCAUCACAAUAAUUGGGAUUUUUGGGAUCAUUGUAUCAGUCAUAUGCUGCUGGAGCUGCAACUGUCUGCUGGGCAUCACUGUCAAGUCAAGUUAG